GCAUGUAGGCCCAUCCAAGUCGGGCUCGAUGAUGGCCCAUAAUCUUAGUCCACGAGCCCACCGGCGUACCGUGUCUGCACAGCGAGUGGUGCUAACGACCUCGCCCUCCUCGGCGCAGCGCAGCCGCCGCUGGCUGCCAGAGAUGGCUCGUCGCGGUGUACAGCUCCUGGUGGCACGGGGGAUCUCCUCGUCGCCGAGCCUUUCUCGAAGGAUCAAGCAAACAGAAAGUGAGAUUGUUCGGAUGUUUCAUCCUCCAGUUCGUCAGAGUGAGGAAGCAAUAGCAACCAUUGUGCCAAGAUACGCGCAUUCUGUGCGUGUCUUGGAUGAGAGGUUCAUUAGGAUCCUGAAGAUAUUCAAGUGGGGCCCUGAUGCUGAGAAGGCACUGGAGGUUCUCAUGCUUAGAGUUGAUCACUGGUUGGUACGGGAGGUUAUGAAAACUGACAUUGGGGUCAACGUGAAGAUGCAGUUCUUCAGAUGGGCUGCAAAGCGGAGGAAUUAUGAGCAUGACACAUCCACUUACAUGGCAUUGAUACGUUGUUUGGAAGUAGUGGAGCAGUAUGGUGAGAUGUGGAAGAUGAUCCAAGAAAUGGUACGGAACCCCAUUUGCGUUGUCACCCCAACAGAGCUUUCAGAGGUAGUUCGAAUGCUGGGGAAUGCUAAGAUGGUCAGCAAGGCAAUUGCAAUCUUCUACCAGAUCAAAACGCGGAAGUGUCAGCCAACUGCGCAGGCAUAUAACAGCAUGAUAAUAAUGUUGAUGCAUGAGGGCCAAUAUGGGAAAGUCCAUGAACUAUACAAUGAGAUGAGCACUGAGGGUCAUUGCUUCCCAGACACUAUGACGUACAGCGCACUGAUUUCUGCUUUUUGCAAACUAGGUCGCCGUGAUUCAGCAACUCAGUUGUUGAAUGAGAUGAAGGAGAACGGAAUGCAGCCAACUACUAAGAUAUAUACAAUGCUAAUAACUUUGUUCUUCAAAUUGGAUGAUGUUCAUGGAGCAUUGAGUUUGUUUGAAGAGAUGAGGCAUCAGUAUUGCCGACCGGAUGUAUUUACUUACACUGAGUUGAUCAGGGGCCUUGGUAAAGCUGGCAGAAUAGAUGAAGCAUAUCACUUCUUCUAUGAAAUGCAGCGAGAAGGCUGCAGGCCAGACACGGUUGUUAUGAAUAAUAUGAUAAAUUUCUUAGGCAAGGCUGGUCGUUUGGAUGAUGCUAUGAAGUUGUUUCAGGAGAUGGGAACAUUGCGGUGCAUUCCUAGUGUGGUGACAUACAAUACUAUCAUAAAAGCACUUUUUGAAUCAAAAUCUCGUGCUUCUGAGGUUCCAUCUUGGUUUGAGAGAAUGAAGGAAAGUGGAAUCUCCCCCAGUUCAUUCACCUAUUCUAUCCUGAUUGAUGGAUUCUGCAAAACCAACAGGAUGGAGAAGGCCAUGAUGCUACUGGAGGAGAUGGAUGAAAAGGGUUUCCCUCCAUGUCCAGCGGCAUAUUGCAGCCUGAUUGAUGCUCUUGGAAAAGCUAAGCGCUAUGAUCUUGCUUGUGAGCUUUUUCAGGAACUAAAGGAAAAUUGUGGCUCGUCCAGUGCUCGGGUAUAUGCAGUUAUGAUUAAACACUUAGGAAAGGCUGGACGACUUGAUGAUGCUAUAAAUAUGUUUGAUGAAAUGAACAAACUUGGCUGUGCUCCUGAUGUUUAUGCGUACAAUGCUCUCAUGUCCGGAUUAGCAAGAACAGGCAUGCUUGAUGAAGCUCUUAGUACAAUGAGAAGAAUGCAAGAGCAUGGGUGUAUUCCUGAUAUCAACUCAUACAAUAUUAUCCUUAACGGGCUGGCAAAAACAGGAGGACCUCAUCGUGCAAUGGAGAUGCUUUCUAACAUGAAACAAUCUACAGUAAGACCUGAUGUUGUCUCUUAUAAUACUGUCCUUGGUGCCUUGAGUCAUGCUGGCAUGUUUGAGGAGGCAGCAAAGCUGAUGGAAGAGAUGAAUACAUUGGGGUUUGAGUAUGAUCUUAUUACAUAUUCGUCUAUACUUGAGGCUAUUGGAAAGGUCGAUCAUGAAUAUACUGGCCAAGGUUGCUGAUGCGCAAUAGAUGGGAGUUGUUUGUUUUCCACGUAAUACACCUAAUGCGGGCUUGCUUUCUUGAAAAAAAAAAUCUUUAGGAGAGCUUUAUCUGUUUGCAUGUGUGAAAAGAUGUGCCUCAUGCUUACUCAGGUGAAUUGUUGUACAAGACAAUACUGAAGACUGAAACUGAUCAAACUGUAAAGGUGUGAAUCAUCGAAGAAUUUCCUGAAAGGUUUGAGAUCAUUGAAGCACAAGCCUAACUACUAUAUGUUGAGAUGUUUCUUCAGCAACCCACAUUCACAGGGGGAUUGUUAUCUCACUGGAAGAUGGUACAUUGAAGUUUCUAUGCUUGCCUCGGAUUGCAAAUGAUGUUCCAGCCACUGGAAGGUCAUUUGCCGGAACAAAAACUCAGGGUGUUGUAACUUAUCAGUUGUCAGAAUAUUUGAUUUGAGUGUCCAUGCCUCAGAACCUACAGGUAAUUGUGAUCAGGCUCAAACUUCUAUGCUGAAUUGGUGACUAUACAGGUGAAUGAAUCACGUUUAGCUGAAGACUUGGAGCAAACUUGGGAGGUCUUUGCUGAGCCAAUACAGAAAAUUUCCCGUCACAUCGAAUCUUGCGGCACAUGCAUAGAGCAUUAAAUAUAGAUAAAAAGAAUAACUAAUUGCAUAGUUUACCUGUAAUUUGCAAGACGAACCUUUUGAGCCUAGUUAAUCCAUACCGAACCUUAUGAGAAGCUGAAGGACCUGACGAGAGGCCAAGCUGUCACGAUCACGAAGGACAGCAUGCAACAGUUCAUUGAUGGUCUAGACAUACCGGAGGUGGUUCGAUCAAAGCUUUGGGACUUGGGAGCUAACCCCGCAUUCGUAUACUGGGCUAGCGGAGGAUUUGGCCAGAGACAUCGAGAAGUGGGUUGAUCUUGAAUCUGGAUUUCAAAUCAAAGUGACUUUCCGUUUAAAAAUGGAUAGCUCUCCACAUUUUUUUUUUCUUUUUGACAACGAUAUAGAGAAAAAAACAGACGGGAACACCCUGGAAAACAGAAGUUCAAUGCUGCGUAGCCUUGAAUAGUUGACCAAGAUAAUUUACGUGGUUCUCAUUUAUGAUA